GUCAAUGCAGUAGAACGUAGUUGCAACAUGAAAAGAGAAAACAGAGGAAAAAGUGCUGUGAUGUUCACUUUUCCCAAAAAGGUGGAGAAACUUCAACACCCAUAAUGCACUAGGCUGGUUGUGGUCGUGGCGUCUCUGGUAAUCUGACCAUUAGUUAGCAAGAUAGAAAAAGUAUGAUCUUGACGUUUAAACAACUUCUGAGUUUUGAAUUCAUCUUAAACUUUCUCCUUUCUCUCAGAGGAACAGAUGUCAUGAUUGCUGUAACAAAACACAUUCAUCAGCUGAAAAACUCAGACUGUGCUUCAAGUGCAGAGCCCUCAUAUCAGUCUGUCAUUAUGGAGAGCAGUGAGAGAUAUUCAUCUCCAGAACACAACAGAGAGUCUCUGAAGAGUGACAAAUCCAUGAAUCCUCCUGAAUCCAGUGAUGAUCCAGUGACCUCUGACCCCAGUAUCUGCAGACAGAGAUCUUCAUCUCCUGCUUACAGCUGUGUGUCUCUGAAGAGUGACGCAUCAAUGCCUCAUCCUCCUGAAUUCAGUGAUGAACCUGUGACCUCUGACCCCAGGAUCAUCAGGAGGAGCGAGAGAUCUUCAUCUGCAGAUCACAGCUGUGUGUCUCUGAAGAGUGAUGCAUCCAUGGGUCAUCCGCCUGCAUUCAGUAAUGAAGCAGUGACCUCUGACCCCAGCAGAGCAGAUGGAGAGCAAAGCAUCUCUCGAGGAGCCGCCUCUGUCUUCUGUCUGAACGACACGAGUGUUACAGCGUCUCUGAAUAAACAUGAUCAACCAGUGAAUGAUGAACUACAGAGAGUCAAAGACCAGCUCAAAACCAGUAUGAAGAACAAGUAUGAGAGAUUAUUUGAGGGACUGAAACUCCAGGAGAAUGAAAGCCUCCUGAACAGCAUCUACACACAGCUCUACAUCAUAGAGGGAGAGAGAGAGGGAGUGAAUGAAGAACAUGAGGUUUUACAGAUGGAGAAAACAGCAAGAACACAACACUCACAAGACACUCCAAUCUACUGCAAUGACAUCUUUAAAGCCUCAGCUGAAGCAGGAUCUGAGGAGAAAGAGCAGGUCAAGACUGUUCUUACUAAAGGCAACGCUGGAAUUGGAAAAACCGUCUCUAUUCAGAAGUUUAUUCUGGACUGGGCUGAGGGAAAAGCCAAUCAGGAUGUAGAUUUCAUGUUUGUGCUUCCAUUUCGAGAGCUGAACUUGAUCCGAGAUCAUCCGUACAGUCUUCACAGACUUCUGCUGGACUUUCACCCUGAAUUUCAAGAUCUGGACUCACAGAUUUAUGAGGAGUGUAAAGUUGUGUUCAUCUUUGAUGGUCUGGAUGAAAGCAGAAUCACACUGAUGUUUUCAGAUGCUCAGAAAGUUUGUGAUGUGACUAAGACUUCAUCAGUGGCUGUGUUGAUGUCAAACCUCAUGAAAGGAGAGCUGCUUCCCUCUGCUCUCAUCUGGAUCACCUCCAGACCAGCAGCAGCCAAUCAGAUCCCCUCCAAAUACAUCACCCGUCUGACAGAAAUUCAGGGAUUUACUGAGCCUCAGAAGGAGGAAUAUUUCAGGAAGAGAAUCAGUGACCAGCAUCAAGCCAGCAGAAUCAUCUCACACAUCAGAAGAGCAAGAAGCCUCCACAUCAUGUGCCACAUCCCCGUCUUCUGCUGGAUCUCAUCCACUGUGCUUCAGAAGCUCCUGAUAGAAGAUCUGAGAGCAGAAAUCCCUCAAAGUCUGACUGAAAUGUACAUCCACUUCCUGCUGAUUCAGAUCAACAUGAGGAACCAGAAGUAUGAAGAGAAAGAUCCAGAGAAACUCCUGCAGUCCAAUAGAGAAGUGAUUGUGAAACUUGCUGAAGUGGCUUUCAAGCUGAUGAAGGGCAAUGUAAUGUUCUGUGAGGAGGACCUGAUUGAGAGCAGCAUAGACCUCACUGACGCCUCAAUGUAUUCUGAGAUUUGCACUGAGAUCUUUAAGGAGGAAUCUGUGAUUCAUCAGAGGAAAGUCUACAGCUUCAUCCAUUUGAGCUUUCAAGAGUUUCUCGCUGCUUUCUAUCUGUUUUACUGUUAUUUAACAAAGAACAAUGAGCCACUGGAGUUUCUGGAUAAAAGAUUUAAAAAACACAGUUCAAACAAAGUCUCUCUGUAUAAGUUACUUAUAUUAACUGCACGUAAAGCUUGUGAGAGUAAUAAUGGACGUCUGGAUCUGUUCCUGCGGUUCCUGCUGGGCAUCUCACUGGAGUCCAAUCAGAGACUCUUACAGGAUCUACUGACACACACAGAGAACAGCUCAGAAACCAUCAGAGAAACCACACAAUACAUUAAAGAGAAGAUCAAAGAUGAAGAUGAUCGUCUCUCCACUGAAAGAUCAAUCAAUCUGUUUCUCUGCCUGCUGGAAGUGAAAGAUCAGACUCUGUCCAGAGAGAUUCAGGAGUUUGUGAAAUCAAACAAACACUCAGAAAAGAAACUCUCUCCUGCUCACUGCUCAUCAAUCGCCUACAUGCUUCAGAUGUCAGAGGAGCCACUGGAUGAGCUAGACCUCAAGAAAUACAAGACAUCAGCUGAAGGGAGAAGACGACUAAUUCCAUCUGUGAUCAACUGCAGAAAAGCUCUAUUUUCUGGCUGUGAUCUUUCAGAUCAGCAUUGUGAAAUGGUGUCAUCAGCUCUACAAUCCUCAAACUCUGUCCUGAGAAAGCUGGAUCUGAGUAAAAAUGACCUGCAGGACUCUGCUGUAAAGUAUAUUUUUGAUGGACUGAAGAGUCCAAACUGUCAGCUGCAGAUACUGAGUCUUGCUGGAUGUAACCUCACUUGUGAAAUGGUGUCAUUAUUUCUUCAAUCCUCAAACUGUGUCCUGAGAGAGCUGGAUCUGAGUAACAAUGACCUACAUGAUUCAGGAGUAAAGCUGCUCUCUGAUGAACUGAAGAGUCCAAACUGUAAGCUGCAGAUACUGAGUCUUGCUGGCUGUAAUCUCACUGCUCAGUGUUGUGAGAGUUUGUCAUCAGCUCUUCAAUCCUCAAAGUGUGUCCUGAUAGAGCUGGAUCUGAGUAACAAUGACCUGCAGGACUCUGGUGUAAAGUUUAUUUCUGAUGGAGUAAAGAGUCCAAACUGUAAGCUGCAGAUAGUGAGGUUGUCAGGCUGUUUGGUGUCAGAGGAAGGCUGUGGUUAUUUGUCUUCAGCUCUGAGUUCAAACCCCUCACACCUGAGAGAGCUGGAUCUGAGCUACAAUCACCCAGGGCAAUCAGGAGUCCAGCUGCUCACAUACAAACUGAAGGAUCCAGACUAUAAACUGCAGAUCCUCAAUGUGGAUCGUGGAGGAGAGAAGAUGAUGACAGCAGGACCUCGAAAAUAUGCCUGUGAUCUCACACUGGAUCCAAACACAGCAAACACUCAACUUCUUCUGUCUGAUGAGAACAGGAAGAUCACACGUGUGAAAGAUCGUCAGCAGUAUCCUGAUCAUCCAGACAGAUUUGUUGUUCCUCAGGUUCUGAGUGUUGAGAGUUUGACUGGACGCUGUUACUGGGAGACUGAAUGGAGCGGAAAUGAGGCUGUUAUAUCAGUGUCAUAUGAAGGAAUCAGCAGGAAAGGAUGGAGAGACUGUCAGUUUGGAUUUGAUGACAAAUCCUGGAGUCUGAAAUGCUCUGAUAACAGAUUCACUGUCCGUCACAAUAGUAACUACACUGAUUUACCUGCUGUCUGUUCAUCCUCUAAUAGAAUAGGAGUGUAUGUGGACGUGAUAACCGGCUCUCUGUCCUUCUACAGCGUCUCUGACACACACACACUCAAACACUUACACACACUCAACACCACAUUCACUGAACCCCUCUAUGCUGGAUUUGGGGUUUAUUAUGGUUCCUCAGUUACUCUGUGUGAUAUUAAACGAUAGAGAGACUCUCUGUAAAUCCUCUUUCUAAUGUUCACAUGCACACAAACUCAUCAAAUCUCACAUCAUUACAUUUGUAUUCUAGAAGUUUUAAAUCUAGUUUAGACACACAUACUGUUCUGAAUCUUUAAUAAACGGAA